GGAGAGAGAGCCCUCAGGAGAUCUGCAGCAGAGAGGCUCACAAGUGCACUGCCUCAUCGCACUGCAUCGAGUGCAUCUAUAGAUGCUCGAGUUUCUGAUGGUGGUUCCUCUCUGCGACGCGUUUCUUUUACUCUCAUCGUCACUCGUGGCUUGCUCGCCACUCCAGCGCAUCCUGCAGCCAACCAAUGAGUCGGAUCCCUCCCCCCCCCUCCGUCCGGGGUGGCGUGACCCAGGCGGGUGACGUAGAAUUGUUGCCGCGAAACCACGCCGCGUUUAACAAGCCUCUCCCCCGUUAACGCCCUCCCCCAUUAACGCCCUGGCGCCGGCGGCCGGCGUGGCGUCCUGGGUGCAGGCUUGUGCAACCACUGUUCACGCCCAGUCAUUCUGUUUCUCUCGUCACAGUUCUCCUUAGCUUUUCCGUCAUGGCGGGUGGCGGCCUCGUGAUGCUCUUGGGCGCCGUCGCUGUGGCCCUCCCCGGGGUUCUGGGUCAGCGCUGGGUGGCAGGAGAUUUCAAUAACGGCAGAGGCAACGUCGUCUGGGGUCGUGGCUUCGCCCAUGGAACCUGCCGAGAUGUCAGCACGGGGGCCACGACUCCCAACCCGCUGAUCUACACCGCACUUGAUAACGGAUAUAUUAAUGCGGGUCGAGGCUGGGGUAAGUAAGGGAGCUAGGGGCAGUCCUACAGAAUCAAAGUCAUGUUCUUCCAUUGUCAUUUCUUCCCUGCCUGGUGCCUGUCUACCCGCAGGGGUCAUCGGAUGUAACGACGAGACGAAAAUCCAUAUGGUGGCGGCCCAUACCGUCGUCCGUAACCGUGUACGAGGCCUGUCGGAUGCCAGAUACAAGACCAACAUCCAGAGCGUUAAUCGCACCAGCCUCAGCCAUUUCUACGACGCCUAUGCUAAGUUUCCGUUGAAGAAGUUCAACGAGGCCGUUGCUGAGGACGAAGCGGAGGGCCAACCACAGUACAUCGGUACGUGGCCGACCUUUGGCUGCAGUGCACUGCUGUUCUCCCUUAUUCUUGCUCAACUCUCACCCAUGUCUCUUUUGCUCGCAGGCGUCGUGGCUCAGGACUUGCGCGAGUUGCUUCCCGAGGCGGUGGUCGAGACGCAGUACGAGAGCAUCACUGCCGAGGGCGAAGUGAUCAAGGGGGAGCCCACACUGUACGUGGACAUGGACACCAUCCUCUACAGUCACGUGAGUGGGCAACGGUAGAAGGUUCCUUUUCGUCGACUAGGUUGCCUUGAGAGUUGUUUCUCGGGUUCGAUUUGUUCAGAUUGCGGUGACGAAGCAGCUCAUUCAGAAGGUCGACAAGCUCAAUGACACCAAAGAGCAGCUGCAGGAGACCCAAAGAGCGUUGAAGGUCCUGCAGGACCGCAUGGACGCAUUCGAGGGCGCCCAUUAAGGUCAAGGGUGAUUGAUGUGAUAGUCCAGGAGGGACGCUGGCUGUCGUCAAGUUUGUGGUGCUGGAGGAUAAUCAUUUCUCUAUCGUUGCUUUUCACGUACACGCAGCGACGACGAGGG